UUGGUGGUGCAUCGCAUUCGCAAUCAGCGAAUGUUAUUUUGUACUUUCGUAAUUAUUUUAAUUUACAUUUGCAUGAAAUAAACUAAAAAUGAUUUUCUUUUUACAUUUUAUAUUAUUCUUCUGAGUUCGGUAGCCUUCCUGUCCAUCGCAAUAAGUUGCGAUGGACGGACCAGACGAAGGGGUCCUGGAAGUGGAUUUAUUAGCUGAUGAUGGAUCAGAUGAAGAAAGCGAGGUUCCGCAGUCUUCAGACUUCUAUCCUGGCCCAGCGUCAACACCAACAUCAUGUGCCUCUUCGCCCCGUGGCGAGGAACCAGCGUCCCCACUGGCUGUGGUGUCACAACCAGCAUUCUUCCACCACCAGACAUAUACUCGGCCAUUCUUCACAUCAGGCAGAAGGGGUCCCGGAAGACCACGCAAGGAGGGGGCAAAACUGGCUAGAGAAGGAAAAAUAGUCAGAAGAUAUAGAGGUAAUCUAGCCGGCUCUGUUAGAGGAGCAAAGAGACAUAGAGGCAGUCGCGACGAAGCCCUCGAUGAAAUGAUUGAUGAAGAUGAUUUUACAAUGCCAGCCCCAGAAGAACCACCAUACACACCGGAAAAAUGGCCUGGCAAAGUAUGUGCCUUAUGCAACCUCAGCGAGCGCAGUCAACUGGGCCAGGGGGAGAUGCGUCAGUUUGUCUGCAUUGUCGAGUCGGACGGUAGCACCACUCCGGUAGUGUCCAACUCUGGUGGCGCUACUCCCACCAGCACACCGAGUACUCCCAUACUGGCCAUGCCUGCAGGGCUGGCGUCGCCGCCACCAGAGCUGAUGGAUGGUAGCCAACAGCAACAGGCUAUGCCAUUAAGUAGACGGCAGAAGGCUUUUAAUAAAUGCAAGACCCCAUUAUUCAACAUGGAGCAUACAGAUGAACUAUCCAUCAUCGGAUUUCUGGAGACGCUAGAGCUGCCCGCUGUGGUUUCGUCUGGGAUGCUAUAUGUGCACCGUUGCUGCAUUGAAUUUAGCCCUCCAUUUCAAGACCAAGUUGCAGCUGCGUGUAACUCUGAAGAAGACAAGGAGCAGAUAGAGGAGGCUAGGGUCAGAGGGAUUGUUACCGCAGCCCUGAGUAGAAAAUGUGCCUUCUGUCAGCGACAUGGCGCCAGCAUUCCUUGCAAGAUGAGUUGUAGUAAAUAUUUCCACCUGCCAUGUGUCCUUGCUUCCGGCGGCUUUAUGGACUUCCAAACUAGAUCGUCGUUCUGCAAGGAUCAUUUAUAUCAAGUGCCAGUUGAGUGUACAGCAGACAUUGAUUGCCGGACGUGUCGGACCAUUGGUGACAUAUCGAACUUGAUGACGUGCGUGGUUUGCGGCGGCCACUAUCACGGCACUUGCGUGGGACUCGCUCAGCUGCCUGGGGUGCGCGCGGGCUGGUCGUGCCGCGCGUGCCGCGUGUGCCAGGUGUGCCGCGGCGAGGCGGGGCCGGGCGCGGGCGAGGCGCGCGCCGUGGCGUGCGAGCACUGCGACAAGCUGUACCACGCCACGUGCCUGCGCCCCGUCAUGGCCACCGUGCCCAAGUACGGCUGGAAGUGCAAGUGCUGCCGCGUGUGCAGCGACUGCGGCGCGCGCUCGCCCGGCGCUGGGCCCUCGUCGCGCUGGCACGCACACUACACCGUAUGCGACUCGUGCUACCAGCAGCGCAACAAGGGCUCGUGCUGUCCGGUAUGUCGCCGCGCCUACCGCGCUGCCGCCUAUCGUGAUAUGAUACGAUGUUCUACUUGUCGCAGAUAUGUGCACGGCCUGUGCGAUCCCGAGGCGGAUCCCCAACAAUACAGGCAAAGGAAGGAACAGAACCCAACUUACGAAUACAGCUGCACUAUUUGUAAAUCAAACUUACAACUGACUGGAUCCAAAUCUGGAUCAUUCGAGGAAGAUAAUAUGGCAUCAACGUCUCAAGACUCUUCAUUUGGAGAGGAUACACCUCAGGACCAGGACCCUCUUGCUAUUGAACCUAAGAUUGUUUCGCAGACUGAUGUGGGUCUCGGAAAGGGCAAACCAUACACAGUAUCAUCGAAGGUAGCCAAGAAAAAGAUAGGUGGCUAUAAACUCAAGGGUGGCUUCCCACCGGCUGGAAAACUUGGGUUUCAGAAGCGGCAGAGGUCCGUUUUUGAUUUGGGACGGAAAAGAGGCUCUAAGCCCAAGAUGAGAGGCGUUUUCGGGGUCCCAGGGCUAGGUUUGCAGAGACCUCAAGCGCCUGACAAUAAGACUUCUGAUGAUGAUCCAGGAGUAGAAAACAAACUAGUUUUGUGUUCGAGUAAGGACAAAUUUGUGCUGACUCAGGAUUUGUGUGUGAUGUGCGGAGCGAUCGGCACUGACUCGGAGGGCUGCCUCAUAGCGUGCGCGCAGUGCGGGCAGACCUAUCAUCCGUAUUGUGUUAAUAUUAAGGUGUCUCAAGUGAUAGUGAGCCUCGGUUGGCGCUGCCUCGACUGCACAGUAUGCGAAGGUUGCGGUUCUCGUGGAGACGAACCUCUCUUAGUACUAUGUGAUGAUUGUGACACCGCGUGGCAUACCUACUGCGCGCGCCCGACUCUGUCCGAAGUACCGAGAGGCGCGUGGCGUUGUACGCGAUGCCGGAGAUGUCUCGUCUGUGGUACGAGAGAUACUGCGCUCUGGUGUGAUAAUUAUACUGAAUGCGCGCCGUGUGCGUCGCUAGUGAUGUGCUGCAUAUGCUCAGAGCCAUAUUCGGACGGCGAGCUCAUAAUACAGUGCACGGGCUGCUCGCGCUGGUUGCACGCGGCUUGCGACGCCAUACGCAACGAGGCAGACGCCGAGACCUGCUGCCGGGCCGGGUACAAAUGCCUGCUGUGCCGUGGGCGUGACGUGCCGCCGCCGCACGUGGCGCGCGCGCUGGAGGCAGCGCAGCCCGCCACGCCGCCGCCCGCGCGCCCGCGCCUCACGCCGCUGUCGCUGGGGCUGGCGGGCGAGUACUAUGUGGACGACGUGUGCCUCUCGCAGCGCGGCGCGCACCACAUGAAGCAGCUGGAGGCGGAGAUGGGCAUCACCCACACGCGCCGGAAACGGAGGUUCAAGAACGAGACCACGGAGAAGGAUGCCGAAAUAAUGGCAUCUAUUGAAACAGUGGUUCAGAAUGCAGAGGGCGAGCUGCCCGACGACGCCAAGCCCGACAGCGCUGCCGACGUCAAGGACGAGCCUGGUCUGACACCUACAAGCAACCUCAAAGAAGGCAUACUCUGGAACGUAGCCAACGACGGCCCAGUGCCAGAGGGCUUCACUAUAUAUACCACUGAUUCUGGCCUUACUGUAUUGAGGAGAAAACGACAAAGGAACCUGAACAAGCUCGGCAUCGGCGGCUUUGUGGUGCGACAGAGACAGAACACUAAAGCGCAGGCAGAUGAUGACAAAGAUGGGGAUGGAACACAGGGCUCUAGUGAUUCGCCGAGUAACAAGCGCAAGCCGCGUCGCAAACCGCGCUCAAAACUAAUGGAGCAGUUUCCAUCUUACAUGCAAGAGGCGUUCUUUGGCAAGGAGCUCCUUGAGCCAGCUAAACCAGCUGUCAGUUCUACUAGUGCGGGAGGCAUCCCGGAGACAGAGGGCAGUGCUCGCGGCGCCACUCCGGAGGGCUAUCGCGAACUGCGCGACUUUGACAACUCGGAUAGCGACGGAGACGAUGUACUCUCCGCACUAUGCUCCUUCAACGACCAUGACAACACCGUCUUCAUCACUCUUAACACGGAAGAAGUUGAAAUCCUCCAAACAUUAAAACCCAAAGAAGAAAGAGAUGACGGGAAUUCGUUAACAGACAUAACGAAGAUCAAGACAGAAGCCUCAGACGAAUGUCAGCUGAAGCAUACAGAGGAUUCCACUGCGCUGAAAAACGCCAUACUGGGUCCUCCGCCCACGGACACCGAUGCGGCGCCGCCCGAUGCUGCAGUGCACACGCCCAAACAAGAGAACAUCAGCGCUGAAACGAGCGUGGGGUCGCAGUCGUCCCGCAUAUCACCAAAGGACGAGCUGUCCCUGCUGGGGGCGAGCCUGGACGCGAUGGUGCGAGACACGCUGCCUGACAUGGACAGCAACGACGUUGACGAGAUAUUCAAGGGCGUUCUCACCGAUGACUCGCAGGAGUCGCAAGAGUCGACAGUUUCGUACGUGAACUCUAUGGCGGGCACGCCGUACUCGCAGCAGCGGCAACAGCUGCAGAGCCCCAUGGAGUAUGCUUCACCUUACCACUCCGAGUUUGGCAGCGGUAGCGCACUUAGCCCUCUAUACGGCGACUGCAGUGGUGGCUCGGGUGCCAGUGCGGGCGCGGGCGCGUGGAACGAGCAGCCCGCACCGCCGCCUUCGUACAACCAGCGUAGCGCGGACAAGAUGCGCGCUGAUGAGAGUCUAGGCUCAGCGGCGACGAUAUCAGCAGUGUUGUACGCAAACACCAACCACCCGGAGUGGAAGACCGAGUUCCCGAACUGGGUCGACCGUUGUAAGCAGAUCCUUAAGAAAUGGCGCGCCCUUCCCUCCGAGCAAAAAGCGCCCUACCUGCAGCGCGCCAGAGACAACCGUAGCGCGAUCCGCAUGAAGAAAGCGCAGCAGAGCUCGAGCGGCACAGCGGGCGCGGGCGCCACCGACGGAGAGGGCGCGCGCUCGCCCGCCCCGCCCACGCCCGGGCCCGCGUCGGCGCCCACCACGCCCAGUCCGCUCGCCGCGCCCAGUCCGCUCGCCGCGCCCAUGCCGCCCAUCACGCCCACGGGCCCGGCGCCCGCCCCGAGUGCGCCCGGCGCGGCGACGGUCGGCCCCCUCGGCACGGAACAAGAGCGAGCGUGCAGUCAACAGAGAAGCGCCCGCGAGGCCGAGCAGGAGAGGCAGUGGAAACAGCUGCAGCAACUGCGCCAGCAGCAGACUCAGCAGCAGCAGCAGAUCAUACACGACCAGAGGAUUCAAGCAGCGAUGCAUCGCAUCCGGGGCCCCGACGGCAGCAGUCCCCCGAGCGCGAGCAGCGCCCCCUCCUCGUCCCCCGCGCCCGCGGACGCGCCGCGCGCGCCCUUCCCCGUGCAGCGCUUCCCGCUCUACUCCACCAACGAGGACAUCAACCGUCAGCUGCGCGACCUGCUGCAGCGGCACCCGCACCCCGACAAGAUGUGGCCGCCGCAGCAGCGCGACUGCGAAACAGGCGGUGACGAUGGAGUACCAGGCAACGCGAACGAAGGAGGUUCGUUCCGAGCGCCGCCGCCCGUCUCACUGCGGGCCCGCGCGCCUCUUUCGCAUCCACACUCCAUGCAGCAUCGACCCGAGCACAUGAUUAUUCAGCAUCGUCUUAUCGGUGGUGAUAAUUCGCAAAUACAGCAAAAUAUCGCCAAUGCAGCCGCCCAACAAAUGGCCGAACAAAAACAGAUCGCUGCUUCACAAGGCAAUGCUCCUUCCGCAGACAAACAAGAUGGUGGACAAGAUCAAGGGACGGAUGAAAUGGAUAUCGGUGACAUGGACAAGCUUGAACAAGACACUGGCAAUAUUGGAGAGGUGGAUAUCCUAACGGGUUUGAGCGGGGAAGAUGACGAGAAGCUUCUGGAAUCUCUAACGUCAGAGAUCGGCGAGCAGUUUAAUAUACUGGAGUACGCUGACCCUGAACUAGCCGCGCUGGGCGAUGAGCAUUUACUGGAUGGUCUCGACCUGGCUGAUGACGUCACCGACCGCGACCACCCGCACCAGAAACGCCUCCCCGAUGAAGACUCCGAACAAAAAAGCGACAACAAGAUGGAUAGCGAACUACAAAAGGCCGUAAAGAACAUACAAUACGCCAAGCUCGAGGUGAAAUCGGAACUUACGGAGGUGAAAGCAGAAGUUCUCGAAACUAAAACUGAAGUCCCCGUCUCUUCCAGCAUGAGCCAAAUGUUUCAAGACAAUGUCCAGAGAGUCAUUGCACAAAAUCAUCAGAUCGCCUUGCAUUCGAUGCAAGCAGUGAAAGGAGAGGUAAAAGCGGAGAGCGAAGACAGCAAAGAAAGCGACUGGCCGCGUCCAGUCUUUUCACACAUGUUCGGACUACAGAUACCCACUCAGCAGUCGCAGCAAGUGCGCGCGGGCCCGCAGAGCGUGGCGCAGCCGGUGACGGCGCGCCCGCAGGGACAGAUCCUCAACCAGCAUGUCCAGUUUACACAAAAUCCUAGUGCUAACAGUGCAGCGGCGGCCGCAGCCAGUGCCCUGAGCGCCAGCACGCAGAGCAUUGUGAACGCGAUGACCGCACAAGUGCAGGCGGCGUUGGCGGCGGGCCGCGCCAUCGCGCCCGGGACACGAUUACUGGGCGCCGACGGCGCGGUUGGAGUCGUGAGACAGGACCGCUCCGUUGCGUUGGCAGCCUUGCCGCAUUCAGCGCGCGGCAUGGUGGCGGCGGCGCGGCAGCUGGCGCCUUCCGCUUUGAGACAGGACACGCCGCUCUCUGGAUCUUCGCUAUCCGGCAACCCAGGGGUGUCGGGAGUCCCAGGCGUGGCGGGGAGCGCACGCGUGGCGCCUCCGCCCCCCUACCCCGGCCUGCGCGCGCCGCCGCCGCCGCCCUACCCGCAGCUGCAGGCGCCCUUUGACGCGGACUGGGGCGACUGGCUGCACCGCCGCCCGCUGCUGCUGCAGAACGUAAACCAGGAGCAACCGUUGCUUCUGGAGGAGCUGUUGGAGCAGGAGAAGCGCGAGCAGGAGCGCUCGGGCGGCGAGUGGAGCGCGGGCCCGGCCGCCGCGCCCGCGCCCGCGCCGCCGCCCGCCGUGCCGCUGUUCGCGGCCAGCGCACCGCCCGCGCCGCCGCCGCCGCCCGAGCGCGCCGCGGGCGAGGCCGACCAGCGCGCGCGCGUCGUGUACGAGCAGUGGCUGGCCGCCUACAACGCCUUCGCGGCCGACCAGCUGCGCUACUACGAGCAGGAGGUGCAGAAGCUGCGCAAGAUCCGCAAGUCGCUGAAUAGUAAGCAGCGGCAAUUGAGGAAAUCAGGGAACGAGUUGAUGCCGAACGACGCCGCCGAGCUGCAGCGCGUGUCGACCGAGCAGCAGGCGCUGCAGAAGCACUUGGAGGCCGCCAGGAAGCAGGCCCGCCAACACAGUAUGCUCAUACAGGAGUACGAAACUAAACAGCGUCAGCAGAAUCCACAAAUGGCGCAACAGACGAUAAUAACUCAGCAACAGAUAUCGAAUCAAACCGUGUACGCUCAGAAUCAGAACAUUAACCAAAGCCAACAAAUGCAGCAGCAGGCUACUAUAAACCGACCGAUGCAAAUUGGACUGCAAGGCACUAAUAUUCAACAACAAACAUUGAUACGAACGCAGCAAACCGUUCUCGGUUCGGACGGACAACCGCUGCCUCAGCAGAGAAUAGGAUUAGUGACUUCGCCGCUCAGUACUCAGGGAAGAAUCUUACAAGGCGCGCGAACUUUGGUUAUCGAGCAGACGGGUUCGCCGCAGCAGCAGUUGGUCCGCCAGCUGUCCGGAGUGCAGGAGCGGCCGCAGUCGGUGGGCGGGAUCGUGCAGUUCAGUCAGCAGCAGAUGGCUAACGUCCGCAACGCCAUGCCCGGCAACCAGACUCCCCGCCCGACCAACCAGCGCCCGGCGAUGUCGCCUCUGCACGUUCAGUCUCCUCAUUCGCAAUCUCCUCUGCACUCUCUCGCGCCUCAGUCCCCUUUGCACCCAAUGGCGUCGCCGAUGCAGUCUCCCCUGCAUUCCCAACAAUCUCCUCUACACCAUACGUCUCAGUCUCCCUUGCAUCCGUCGACGCAAUCUCCUCUGCACACUCAGCAGUCGCCGAUGCAUUCGCAACAAUCUCCGAUGCACGUGCAACAGUCUUCGAGUUUACCUCAACAGAGCCCGAUGCACGCGCAACAGAGUCCGAUGCAUCCGCAGCAGUCUCCUAUACAUCAGCAGAGUCCGAUGCAUUCUCAAAAUCAAAUGUCUACCCAACACUCUCCUAUGCACCCGCAACAGAGUCCAAUGCAUCCGCAACAGAGUCCGAUGCAUCCGCAACAGAGUCCUAUGCAUCCGCAACAGAGUCCGAUGCACCCACAACAGAGCCCGAUGCAUCCUCAACAAAGUCCGAUGCAUUCUCAGCAAUCGCCGAUGCAUAUGCAACAGUCGCCGAUGCACACGCAACAAUCGCCGAUGCAAUCGUCGAUGUCACCGCAGCAUUUCCUGCAACAACUGCAAGCUCAGAGAACAAGUCCACAGCUGCCUACACCUAGCCGUAGUCCGCAGAUUUAUCAGCAAUCGCAAAUUCAGAGCCCCGUUUCGUCGCAUUCGCCACAAUUGCAAAACAAUGAUUAUACAACGGGUAGAUUCUCCCGACCAGCCCCGGGAUGUUCUCCAUUGCCUACACGUUUCGCUCGGCCGCCACAUCACCAGCAAGGAAUGCGGGUCGGUGUACCAUUCGUCGGCCGUCAACAGACUUCACCACUUGGCAGUCCACAGCCACUGCCGUCGCCAGGGAAUUCAGCCAACGAAAUAACUCGCCAACAAAUCCUUCAGAGGCAGCAGUACAGCCCCAUGGGCGGCGCGCCUGCCUCGCCGUCGCUAGCGCGCUCGCCGCACGUGGCGCGCACGCCCACGCCGUCGCCCGCCGCCUCGCCCGCGCCGCUGCACGAGCACGGCGGCGGCUCGCUCCACCACCACCACAUGGCGCCCAUCCCGCCCGGCUACCGCUACUUCAAGCCCGGCCUGUUCGGCGGCGCGCCGGGCUGGCCGCCCAAGGACGACGAGCGACGACGCACUACCCACAUCAACAAAGUCUCCAUACUCAAACGCCGCACGCCCCCUCGCCCGAGGUUCACGGGCAAGACCGGCGCACCCGGCACUGACGCUCGCUCCGAUGACAUCGGCGAGACGAGCGACGCGAGGAAGUACAUUCUGUACUCCUCGGGCAGUGUUGAAUAUUCGAGCGCUUCCGAUGACUCUGCUCGCAUGAGCUUCGCGAAGGAUGACGACGACGACGAUAUGCAAGAUUUUGUUGACCAUUUGGAUGAUGACGAUAUAGUGGUCGUGGAACCCGGCGCUAUAUCACCCGAGGAGCGCAUAGCUACCGAAGAAGAUUUCGAGGAGCUUAUCGACAGCGGUAAACCGGAAGACGAAGCCGAGGAGGAGCCUCCGCAGGACAAGCCUCCGACGCGCACCGAAACCACGACCAAAACUGUCGCGGUCAUAAGCUUAGCGCCCGCUAAACAGCCGACAUCUAAUAUACAGCAAUAUAAAAUUGUUAACCAAUCUCAAAGUUCGACUCUCUCUCGUUUGCCAGUUUUGAGCGCCACUGUCCUUUCGCCGCAUACGAACACCAAGAUAUUGAAUGAAGUAUCCCAAGCUACAGUUGCCUCUGUAUCGAUAGCUAAUCAAACUAUUUCCGUACCGGUAUUAAAGAAUCUUUCAGUGCCUAUAGCUAAUGUAACCGGUCAUGUCUCAGGUAUAUCUAAGCCCCAAAUGAAGAAGGUGCCUCUGAAUAUAAGUAAUCCUCCGUUGACUGUAAACAUGUCAUCUCAGUCUAUGCCCAAGCCACCUAAUUCUGUAAUAAGUGUCAUUUCAUCGAAUAUAGCAAAGAGUGCCAGUAUGAAUCCGGUUAUUACUCUCGCGACCUCAAACACGAUUGCAGGUACAUCCAGGGUGCCAGUUUCCGUACUAACUCAGGCUCAAGUCAAACAAAAAAUCGUCAAAACUAUAGAAAAACCAAUGUCUUUAUCACUAUCAAACACAAAAUUGUCAAGUUUAUCGGUAUCUCAUGAUGCUACGUUACCGGCUAAGAUCUUCCAGGACGAAGCCACUUCUCCAGAUAGCACUGUUGCUCCUGAACAUAACAUAGAUGUACAAAACCAUUCUGUGAGCCAACAUUUGCUUUCUAUAUCCUCGCAAGAAAUGAAGCAAAAGGAACAGCAAUGCUCUAUGCAAGCAAAUAAAGAUAUUGACAUUGAAAGCGAAAUUAGCAAACAGACGGAGUUGCCGCAUACGCUUUGUUUGUCGGACCGAACUCCACUUUUGCUUGGUAAAGCGGACAUAAAGAGUCCCGAUCCUAUACCUGAAAAAAUACCAGACAAUAUCAUGGAAGGUGAUGAUGAAGACAAGCCCGAAGACUCAAUGCAAAAUCAAAUGUUGCUGUCAUAUAAUAAAACUCUACAAGAGCAAUCGAUACCAAGUGCAGCAUCUACAAGCAACAACCCUGAAGAAAAUGUAGUAAAGACCAUUAAAGCAAUAGCAAACCAAACAAAAGAGAUGGUGAUUGAUUCAAAUAUGCAAAUAACAUCAGAUAUUACUCAAGAUUCGGUUCAGAUUUCUAUUCCCUCACCUACUCCUUCCCAAGAAAGAUAUUUGAAUGAUAUAACGAUGCGAGAGCAUCCAGAAACAGUGGAAGGUAAUCCUAAACAUGUAGAGACAUUCGAGCAUAUGUUGAGCAUUCUGGAGAAUAUUACCGAUGAUAACAAACCAUUUGGCAUGAAACAAGCAAACCUCAAGAAACCAAAUCCACCUGCUCAAAAUCCUAAUUUGAAUCCAAAUCAUGCUCCAAAACAACAAGACAGUCGAGAAUCACAAGAAUCGCCCGCAUUCCCAGCCAGAGAAGUUGAGAGACUUGCCAUACAAUCGGCGACAGUACCUCAACUAUCGCCGUUGUCACAACCAGCAGAGCUAACUUCUAAUAUGGCAAAUGUAUCACAGCAGUUACGUACGAUAAUGUCUUCUUUAAAUACUAAUACGCCCAAAGUGGAAUCUCAAACGAUUAUAAGAAAAAACAGUGAUGCGACGACACCCACACAAGUCAACUUUGAAACUUUACUUCCAUCUUCAAAAGUUGAAAUAGCCGCACCACGACCUUCGCCUAUACAAAGAAUAGACAAAGCACAAACAUCUAGUUCUGUGUCUGAACCAAUACCUAUGAGUGCAGCGCAAAUGAUUGGAUCCCGAAUAAACACUUUGUCAUCAAUGGGACAAAUGAGGAAAUCCCCAACUGUAUCACCUAUUAAUUCUCCUGUAGGGAUACAAAAUCCUAUGAUGAAAUCUCCUGCACAGUCUCCUCUUAUUAACAAUCAGACGUUUAACCUAAGUGAAGAGACUCACAAUACAACCAUAACAUCUCAAAUAAUGCAAAUGCCAGCUUUAUCCAAAAUACACAAUAAUCCCUCAACACCUUCUUCUUUAAUGCACUCUGCAAAUAUUACUACCACAAGUGUUAGUGGCUAUCAAAAACCUCAGUCAUUGCCGACUAGUAUAUUGGGGCAUACUUUGUUACAACCAACUAGACAAAUCAGCACAAGCAGUUUACAAUUUAACCCUCAAAACAUCAGUUCCAGCCAACCGCCGGCUUUGGUCAUGACUUCAAGGGCAAUUAUCGGUAGCAAAGAACCUGCGCCGAAUGUUACCGUUCGUACUCACAGCAUCGUGAGCACUGCCAUGGGACAGAUGCAACCGAAACCGACGCAAGCUCCCAUUAGCUUUGUGACCUCAUCGAAACUUUUACAUACACAGUUGACUUCACCACUGAAACGAUCAAAGUCAACAGAUGAACCAAAGAGUGAAGUAAUAGUUGGCCACAUCCAGCCUACCAAGAGGCAUAGUGUGGAAUCUGUCAUAGUUAAAUCUGAACCUAUGGAAUCUGAUGAGGCUAACAAUAUAUCAGCAAUCGCAACAGAUAAUUUAGGAAACAAAAUAAUUCAACAAAAUGCAACAAACCAAAGAAAUGAUGAAUCGCAAAAUGUGCUGUUAAAACAAUUAUUACAGACGUCCACUACGACAUCGACUGUUAUUCCACAACGUACUGUGACGAUACAAAGAAGUGCCCCUGCUCUAGGAACUAUUCCUUCAUUAGAGGCUCAGCUGGCGAGGCCACCAAUACCGCCACCUACUCUAGCUUUGACUCAAGAAGUGGAAAUACCCAAGAGUUCUCCGCGACAUAUGACUACUGUGAGCUCGCCGUAUUCCAAUCGCCCCAUCCAGACGUCUAUACCCACAUCGGCAAUGUCUCCAAUGAUAUACACUUCAACACAAUCAUUAAUGGAUGUAAGAAAGACACCUAUGAAAUUUUUAAAUAAAGAAGAGACAACCCCUGUGCCAGAAUGUUCGCCCACAAUCAAAACUUUACCCAUGUAUUCAACAAGUAUAGAAAACCAGCAACUACAACAAGCCAUAAAAAAAGAAGUGGCGCCACCACAACAAAGUCCUAUACAUCGUCCUUUUACUCCACUCGAUGUGAAGAAGGAACUCCUCGACGAGAGCUCCCAACAAUCGGCGACAUCCGGUGUUUCUACUGCCUCCGAUCAAGGUAAAUUGGAUCAACCUAUGAAAGAGGAAUUUCCUGAAAGUGUAAGUAUGGAAAAUUCGUCAGAAAUCAAUCCGUCAGAAACGCCAUCAGAAGCUAAAAGACGUAAAAGACGAGAGUAUCAACAAAAGAAAAGAAAACAGAUGCAACUAAAUAUCAAAGCGGCCGCUGAAAACAAUAUGAAUGCUGUCAACGCCAAAAAGCGACCUCGUAAAGGUUCUAGGUAUGAAGAAGACUACGAUACAUUUAUUGACAACUUAAUGGCCCAAUUAAGAUUACUUCCCCCCAUGCAGAUACAAGAGCCCGCUUUAACCACAAACUUUGCAGUUUGUCCUCUGUUCGGGUCAGGUGAUUUGACAAAAUUAAAAAAUAAAGAUUAUGAUAUUCUAAAAGGAGAUUUAGUUGGCGAUUUUGGUAACGCUAAAAUACCGAGCGUAGCUGAUUAUUAUAACACCAAACCAUUCGGCGACGAGGAACGACUACCUGAAAAACCGGCAGCAUCAACGCAGAGAGGCUUUUAUGAUCAAGAAUUCCAGCCUAUCGUAUUUGAUGAAGACCCUGAGGAUAAGAAACUUGAUUUCAUUUGCAAAGAGCGAGAUACAGAUACCCCGGAUACAAUAGUGAGUUGCUCCAGUCCGGAGGGAUAUGAAAUUGAGCUCGACGACAGAUUCCCAUAUCUUAAACCAAUUGACAAUGACGAUGAUGAGGAAGAAGAAGAAUCGUCUCAAUCAGGCCGCGUUUCUCCCAUCUUACAACUCAUUGCCCCCAUUCCUAUAAGAGUUAAGCCGUUGUCGUUACACCAGCAGAAGGAUGAAGAAGAUAAUCAGAAAUCAUUAAAAACUUUGGAUACCGAAACGCCACUUAAAACUAAAAUGGAAGACUCCCCUAGCAGUACGGAAAACAAUGAAAAUGUUACAGUUACUCUUACGCUCACGUCGGGCGCUGCAGAAGACAUUCUCGGAGUAUUGAAAGAGCUUGCAGGCAUACUACAUAUACCGCCGCCCACUUCGUACCAAAUAAUAGAACGUACCGCCACUCCGCCGUCUCAUAAACUUGGACUUUAUAGAUCUAAGGGAAAGGAUGGCAAGGAAGGAACACCGAUUGAUAUUCAAAGUAUUCUAAACGGAGCGGCCAAAUUCUGCCGACAUUGUGACGUAGUCAUUUUAGAUUCCGUUGUUCGAGCAAAGGCGUCAGAGUUUCCCCUUUUAUCUGCUAAUAAAGGAAAUGCCGAAGAAAUUCUUUGUGAUAGUGAUUCGGAGUUGUAUUUCUGCAGUACACAGUGCUAUGAAAGAUUCGCUUGGCGUCCAACGAAUAUCAUUUUAGACGGUAAAUCGAAAACAAGCAUCAAAGAAGAUAGCAAAUCCGAUAUAGAAACGAAUUUGUCAAAAGACAGGGACGAUUUUGAUACUGCAUCGACUGAAAGCAUGGAAACCGAUGAGCUAGACAUAAAACCAGAUAUCAAAGACGAGAAAAUGGAUUUCUCGUUCAUGGACUCGUUAGACAACGAUGAAUUAAUGAAGGAAGUCGGCGACGACGUCAGUGCCCUCGAUGAAGAUCUGAAGAGCAUCGAGACCGACGAGAAAAGUAAUCAAAGCGUCGAGAAGGAGAAGUUCAGAGGGACGCGAUACAAGACUUGGUCACCGGGCUGUAUCGGACCACCGAUAAAGUACAAACGCCCAACGGACCGAGAACUGACGGAACUAGUCUUUAGAACAGGCGUCGCUAUUAUGCCCGUUACUAACGAAGACACGCGAAAGUGUGAGUUGUGUGGAAUUCAAGGUGACGGCGUCGCCGAUGGUGUGUCGAGGCUAUUGAACUGCGACGUCGAUCGAUGGGUUCACCUGAAUUGUGCUCUUUGGUCGGAAGGCGUUUACGAGACUGUGAGCGGCGCUCUGAUGAACGUGGACUCUGCGCUGGCAAACGGCUCCAACGCCACGUGUGCGGUGUGCCGGAGGCUGGGGGCGACCGUGCGCUGCUUCAAGGUGCGAUGUGGCAGCGUGUACCACGUAGGCUGCGCCGUCAAGGACAAUUGUGUGUUCUACAAAAACAAGACUGCCUUCUGCGCUUCGCAUGCACCAAAGAACGAGAAGGACAACGAGCUGACGACGCUGAGCGUGGGGCGGCGCGUGUUCGUGUGCCGCGACGAGCAGCGGCAGGUGGCGUCGGUGAUGUUGCACUCGGACACCAAUCACCUCAUCCGCGUGGGCGGCCUCAUCUUCCUCAGCCCCGGACACCUGCUGCCGCACCAGCUCGCCGCCUUCCACACGCCCAAUUACAUCUACCCUAUUGGAUACAAGAUUGUGCGCUUCUACUGGUCGAUGCGGCGCGCCAACAGCCGCUGCCGCUACGUGUGCUGGAUCUCCGAGGAGGAGGGCCGGCCGCGCUUCCACGUGCGCGCGCAGGACGAGACGCGCCAGGAGCUCAGCGCGCCCACGCCGCGCGCCGCCUGGGCUGCGGUUUUAGACGCAGUAGCCGUGCUGCGCGAGGGGCGCGGCGAGGAAGGCGUGCUGAAGCUGUGGCCGAACUACGUCACUGGGGAGGAUCUGUUCGGUCUCACCGAGCCCGCCGUAGUCAGGGUUCUUGAGAGUUUACCAGGCAUCGAAACACUCACGGACUACCGCUUCAAGUUCGGGCGCUCGGCGCUGCUGGAGGGCGGGCUGGCCGUCAACCCGUCGGGCUGCGCGCGCUGCGAGGCCCGCUGCCCGCGCGCCUGGCGCCGACCCGCGCGCGCGCUGCAGCCAGCCGCGCCGCCGCCGCCGCUCGACGCGCACACCGCCAACCUCGCCUGUCCCUACUCCAAGCAGUUCGUGCACACCAAGAGUAGCCAGUACAAGAAGAUGAAGCUGGAGUGGCGCAACAACGUCUACCUCGCCAGAUCUAAAAUCCAAGGGCUGGGCCUGUACGCCGCGCGCGACCUGGAGAAGCACACCAUGGUGAUAGAAUAUAUCGGAGAGAUCAUUCGCUCCGAGCUUUCCGAGAUUCGCGAGAAGCAAUACGAAGCCAGGAAUCGUGGCAUCUAUAUGUUCCGGCUGGACGAGAGGCGCGUGGUGGACGCGACCCUAUGCGGCGGCCUCGCGCGCUACAUCAACCACUCGUGCCAGCCCAACUGCGUGGCGGAGACGGUGGAGGUGGACCGACAUCUGCGCAUCAUUAUAUUUGCCAAGAGACGGAUCGCACGCGGCGAGGAGCUGGCGUACGACUACAAGUUCGACAUCGAGGACGACGCGCACAAGAUCAUGUGCAUGUGCGGCGCGCCCAACUGCCGCAAGUGGAUGAACUGAGCGCGCGCUGCUGGAUCUACCAAAGUGAUUUACAACCCUAAACAUAAGCGAACCUAUCAUUUUAGUUACAGAUUUACCUUUUAUUUAAGCUAAUGUGUGAUCUAACGUUAAAAUAAGACAAAGACAGAAUUAUAGGUCAAACGGACGGUCAAAAAAUGUCGCGAUACAAUGUCGUCUCACAAUUUAUCAAUAUACCGUUAGUAACUUUGUUAUUGUAUUUACACAUUAAUAGACAGACGGUUUAUUUAAAAAAAAUGUAGACGGUAAAAAAUGAAAAUCAUAAAAAUCUUGAUAUUUAUUGACUGAACCUUGUCAUAAAAAUACCGUUCGGUAGUUUUAUACUGCGACUAUCGGAAGGUAAAAAGUAAAGACGGACGGACGGUUUGUACAUAGCAUGCUAUAGAGAUCAUUGUUGUUAUUAGAUUUUAACGUGUCUUUAGACGUGAAUGUUCCAAAAGUAUAC